AUGGAAGCACCAUUGGACGAAGUAAUGAGAAUGGAUGUGAUGAUGAGGUGUUUAUUAAAAUUGUUGACGAAAACUGAGUGUGAUAGUAAUGAUGCAGAUAAUAUAAAUGGUGAAAUCAAGGAGUGCGAAAGAGGUGUUAAUGAAAAGCAAGAGGAUACAAACAGAAAGCAAUCCAGCCUUGGAGAUGGGAUCGAUGAAAAUAAGCCAAAUACUAAUCUUGAAAUAAAGAUGCCUCCGAUUAAUGGUGCAGCCAAAAGUCCAGUUGAAAGUAAAGAUCUCAGUGCUGAUCAAACCGAAGGUGAUGUUGAAGGUGCAAAAGAUAUGCUACAAACGUCCAAAUCU